UUAUGAGGUGAGGUGAGGUGAGUGAGAGUGAGGAAGAAACAAGAGGAAGGAAGAGAGGGGGAGGGAAUAGAGGAGAUAGUUGUUUAUAGGGGUAUUUUGGGUGCCAGCAAAAUUUUUGGCAAUAUUUUGUAAUGUUAAAAAUGCCCAAGCAUAAAAAGUCAAAUUUUACUUUCAAAAUUUGUGUCGAACUGAGCGGGCCAAGGAAUUUGAAACCACAAACCUGAGACAGAGCCCCGCAAUACCAUAUUUUUUAAGGAUUGGACGAAUUUGCGUCGUGGUUGCAUCAGAAGCAGUCGUUGAAAGAUUGAGGGAGUAGGAUGGUAUUUUUUGUGAACUGAUAGACUUAAAAACACUAUUACCGUGGGAUAGGGAAGCAGUAGAAGCCUCUGUCAGAAAAACUGGACGGCUUCUUGUAAAUACCACUUUAGUUUUGUCUGUCUAUUGUCUUUUUUUAAUUUGGUGAGAACACGCUUUAUGAUAAAGGAUCAUAGCAGUUUUUGGUGACAAUACAAAUUUUUUUUUAGGCAGAUUAAUCAUGAAGCUCCAAUCACUGAAGGUUUUGGUGCUGAAAUAUUUGCUUCAAUCCAAAUCCAUUGUUUAUUGAUAAUUCAUUGCCUCAAAGCUCCUUGCUGUCAAGUUUCCAUUGUUUUUUAAUUGUAAUAGUGAUUGAAUCUCAAUAUCAUUGUUUUGCUUGAAUAAAUGGCAUAGGAAGGAUGGUCAUUAAUUUGUAUAGUUUAAUUGUUUUGAACUUGAUUUUGUGGAUAAAUUGGACAGGUUUAUUAUCAAAGCAUAAGAUCAGCAUAAUUUUUUCUGAAUUGCAAUAGGCUAUCAAAGGCUUGCAGGAAUCCACGAGGGUGGUGUGGUGUUUGUUUAAAGUAAAUAUUUUUCUAUUGUUGAUAAUUUUUUCCCACUCAAGUUAAUCAUAUUUGCCGCACGGUAUUUGGAUUACCAUGGAUGCUAGCAUUAGUGAGAGACCAUCUCAAACUCGAUCGAAAUGGAGAAAAGUUGCAUAUGGAGGGAUGCAACCUGGGUUUGAUGACAACCAUACUGAUGACUCUUUUCUCGAAACAAUGGUCAUGAAUGCCAAUGUUGUGAAAAGGAACAUGCUAAAAGUGAUGCAGGAUUCAGUUUCCAUCUCUCAGUAUUUAUGCAUUGUAGCACUUGUUGGGCUGGUUUGGACCUAUACUCUUAGAUCAACUCUUGAUGAAAAGUCACUCUUGUUUCUUAAUGUCAGUCUUCUAGCAUUGGGCUUCAUGGUUGUCAUGUUAACUGGAGGAAUGCUUUCUCUCAAUCUAUUCUCUCAUUAUCUCCUCAAUAUAUCUUUUUUCACCACGGGCUUGUAUAUUCUAGCUCCCAUCUUUCACACUCUCACUAGGUCAAUCAGCUCGGACUCCAUUUGGGCAGUAACCGUGUUACUUCUUCUGCUCCAUCUUUUUCUCCACGAUUACUCAGGAUCUACUGUAAGAGCUCCAGGGGCUCUUCAGAAUCCUACCUUAACGAGCUGCAUCUCUUUAAAUUCUUCUGUUGUGGCCUCGGUUUUUUUUGCUUCUCGUCUCCCAUCGAGGCUUCAUGUGUUUGCUAUCAUGUUAUUCUCCCUACAGGUCUUCCUUUUUGCUCCGUUGGUGACUUACUGCAUUAAGAAAUACUCCUUCCGCUUGCACCUCUUGCUUUCAUUUUGCCUGAUGACUCUAACACUGGGGUUUGUCUAUACACUGCAUAGCUUGCUUUUUGUGAUGUUCCUGGGUUUGCUGGUUUUUGUAAAUGUGGUUUGCCCAUAUUGGCUCAUACGGAUUCAGGAAUACAAGUUUGAGAUCAAUGGUCCUUGGGAUGAGGCUAAGCUUUGUUUUGAUAUAACAGAUUGAUUAUUUUAGUGCCUUCUUGAUUAGUUUUGAUGUCUUUGUUGUUGAUAUUCUUUAACUUAUUAAAGAAAGAAAGUUGAUUGUAUUAUUUUUGGCUAAACUUAUACAUAAUUUCUUUUACCAAUCUAUGAAUGUGAAGUGUAUAGUUAAUCAAAUAAAGCAAUUGUUUAUAGAAAGAUUAAAUGUUGCAAUAUAUGUUGUACCACAAACCAUUACAUAAAUU